GUUGUGAAUUUUAAGCCGUCCGUAAUCAGUGUUGAUUAUCAUUUUCAGCACAGACGAAUGCAUUAACGAAGCAGAAAUGUUGGACGGCCGGAAUCGGUCGAGGAAAGACACUUGGAUUACUUGAGAUUUGGUUUUGGCCUGUGCCUAAUCCCCUGCCAUUUCACAGGAUAUGCUUCAUAGAGUCCCCAAGAUUUGCCUAGCUUGUCUGGCUACAGUUUUGUCGCUGUGUCUUCUAAUCGAAUCUCAGUGUCCCAUUGGGCAGUUUGGACCACAAUGUAGCUACGAGUGUCACUGUGACGGAAUAUGUGAUGCAGAGACCGGAGUGUGUGGAGGGAAGUGCCGUAACACGGCCGACCAGAAAUGGGCUGGUCCCACAUGUCAACUUGAGAACAAAGCCUAUGACAAGCCUGUGGCACAGAGCUCAACAGCUCGUCUCAGGGGUCACAGGUACAUCGCUAGUUAUGCUGUUGACGGUAAGGAGGGGCAGGAGUUGGUGGAUUUCACCUGCACUUUGACCUCCAAGGAAAACAACCCUUGGUGGAGAGUGGAUCUUGGGAAUUACUACUAUAUUCAGAAAAUUGAUGUCUACAACAUUCUGGAAGAAAACUACAAGAGUUAUCUGUCGGGAUUUAAGAUCUACAUCAGCAAUUCCACGAGUGAGGGGGCCUUCAAAGAGCUGUGUUAUAGUCAUAGCGGAGAAAGCAUUGGGAAAAACAUCAGCGUGACCUGUGUCAAGGCACUGAGUGGUCAGUUUGUCAUUGUAGAGCAGCCUGUUCAUGACACGCUGACAUUGUGUGAGGUGGAGGUGUAUGUAUGUGCUGGUGGCAGUUACGGACCUGAGUGUGAGCAUGUCUGUGGUCACUGUGUAAGCGGUCGACCAUGUCAUCCUAUCACUGGAGAGUGCCCAGACAGGUUAUGUGCCCCUGGCUGGGACGGACCCAAUUGUAACAAGAGAUGCCCCGGGAGAAGCUUUGGCUAUCAGUGUCUUUCCAUGUGUGGUGGUUGUCGUGCCAACACGACAUGUGACUCUGUGGAUGGACGGUGUCUUGAUGGAUGUGUAGAUGGCAGGAAAACUCAGUUCUGUAAUACAACCUGCCCUGGAGGCACCUGUGUUGAAAGGUGUGGGCAGUGCAUCAACAGUGAACCGUGUGACAUCAAGUUUAACACAGGCAUUUGUGAGAAUGGUUGUGAACCAGGUUGGAAGACAGAACUCUGUAAUGUGGCCUGUCCAGCCGGGCAGUAUGGGAAGAACUGUCAGUCCCGGUGUGGAAACUGUGUACCUGGUACAGUGUGUAAACCAGACACUGGCGAGUGUCCAGAAGGGUGUCAGCGUGGUUGGGUGGGCAGCAACUGUGAUAUCAGAGAUGGACCGGAAGAGCCUUUGCCUGGUGGCAGCAGUAAUACUAAUGGUGGUAAUAAGACAGGAGUUAUUGUUGGGUGUGUGAUAGCAGCCAUUGUCAUCCUGGCCGUAGGACUCCUACUGCUACUCUACUACAAGCGGUUAGUAACACCUCAUUUUUUACACUCGUCUGUCUAG